UUUGUUUGGUUUGGUGUUUCAAUUUUCAACCCUCCUCAACUUCCAACUUUCCCAAACCCUUUUGAUUAUUCAGCAGCAGCACUAGUCUCCACAUCAACACCGACACACACACUCACUCACACCACACCCUUCUUUUCCACAUGGAUUUUGGAAAAUAACAAACCAAACAUUUACACAUACAUAUUACAUAGUAUUGUAUCUUAAAACCUGAAACUCAACAACAACAACAACAACAGUUUACAAGUCCAAACCAUAUAUUACUAGUAUUAUAGACUUUGAUAACCUCCUUGACUCCUAUCCCAGUUGGACUUUCACUUCCACCUCACCCUUUUCUUUCUCCCACCCUUUUCUUCAAGACUUUGAAAACAGAGAGUAAUUGUUGCUUGUAAAGGAAUUUGUUUUUUGCUGUGGCAUCCUCUGAAAAACAAAAGCUAUCACUUUCUGAUCAUAUAUAGAUUUUUUUGUUUGGUGGCACUGAGCGGACAGCAUUUCGAAACUGAUCUGCAUGGGAACUGGGGAAGAGAGCACAGCUAAACCUUCUAAGUCAUCUGUGUCAACUCAGGAGAUACCUACAGCACCAUCAUAUCCAGAUUGGUCAAGCUCUAUGCAGGCCUAUUAUGCUUCUGGAGCCGCUCCACCUCCCUAUUUUGCCUCAACUGUUGCUUCCCCAACUCCCCAUCCCUAUAUGUGGGGAAGCCAGCAUCCUUUAAUGCCGCCAUAUGGGACUCCCGUCCCGUAUCCAGCUUUAUACCCUCCUGGCAAUAUCUAUGCUCAUCCUGGCAUUGCAGUGACUCCAAGUCCUAUGCAGCAAAGUACUGAGAUUGAAGCGAAGGGAACUAAUGGAAAAGAUCGAGAUUCAUCCAAAAAAUUGAAGGGAACCUCUGCAAAUACAUGUGCCAAAGCAGGGGAGAGUGGAAAGGCCGGCUCAGGUUCAGGCAAUGAUGGCAAUUCACAUAGUGCUGAAAGUGGUUCAGACGGUUCAUCAAGCGCUAGUGAUGAGAAUACUAACCAACAGGAAUCAGCUACAAACAAGAAGCGAAGCUUUGACCAGAUGCUUGUUGAUGGAGCCAAUGCACAGAACAAUUCUGCUGGUGCCAUUUCUCAAUCCCCUGUGCCUGGACAGCCUGCAACUAAUCUUAAUAUUGGAAUGGAUUUAUGGAAUGCAUCUUCUGGCGCCCCUGGAGCUGUUGCUACUUCGGCCAUAAUGGGACGUGAGGUUGUACUUAGUGAACAAUGGAUACAAGAUGAACGUGAGCUAAAAAGACAGAAAAGAAAACAGUCUAACCGAGAGUCAGCUAGGAGGUCAAGACUACGCAAGCAGGCUGAGUGUGAGGAGUUACAAAAGAGGGUGGAAAUGCUGGGAAAUGAGAAUCAAACUCUUAGAGAAGAGCUCCGGAAACUUUCUGAAGAAUGCGAGAAGCUUACAUCUGAAAAUAGUUCUAUUAAGGAAGAGUUGGACCGGUUGUGUGGGCCAGAAACAGUUGCUAACCUUGGAUGACACAGAAACAAGCCAUUACUUAGUGUCUGUCUCUGAGGGCAAUAGCAAAAAUUGGUAGUCCUAAGAAGAGUUUGCAGCUGGAAUCUUGUUAUCAAUCUCUUAAUUGAGAAUAGGAUAUAAUGUUUUUAUUGUUUUACUAAUUUAUACCAUUAACCCCUCAAUUGUAAUUGCCCUUGUGAUUUAUACGUCAUUUGUAAUAUUUAACCGCGCGGGAAAAUAGAAAAAUGUAGGCUACUCGAGCACUGCCAUUUAGAAUUCAGUUUUGCUACUGAUGUUGAGAAUCCAGCUUCAACUUUCCCAUUUCUCAGCUUUCAAA